AUGACAGUGGGAGAGUAUAUUCGUAAAUUUGAACUUAUAUCUAGGUUUGCAACCCACAUGAUUAAUACUGAUGCAUUAAAAGUAGAAAGGUUUCUUGAGGGGUUUAGACCAGGACUAUAUAGAGAUAUUCAGAAGCCUAAGUUUCAACCGAGACAAGGACAACAACAUUGGGAUCAGGGCAAACAUCCGACGAUAGAUCAAGGAAAAGCCUUAAUAGCACAACCAUCUUGCCCCAGAUGUGGUGGACAGCAUACUGGAGCAUGUCCUAUAGAGACUAGGACAUGUUAUGUUUGUGGAAAGGUGGGACAUCUUGCUAGAGCAUGCCCAGGUAAUCCAAAUCCUAUAGAGCAGAAGAAGGUACCAGCUAGAGUGUUUACCAUUACUAGAUCCAAUGCUGAGGCAAAUCCAGCAGUUGUAACAGGUAAAUUUUCUAUCUUUGGCAUUCCAGCACUUGUACUAUUUGAUUCUGGAGCUACACAUUCAUUUGUUUCUACCGAGUAUGUGAGAAGGCUGGGUAGGACACCUAAUAUACACGAGGUCAGUUAUAGUGUAACUAUUCCAUCUGGAGAUGUAUAA